AUGUUCUUCUCUGCAAUUUUGUCCCUUGACUCUUUCCAACGAAAAGGCCUUCUCACACCUAAAAAUUACACUGCUGUAUCCCUCCUCUUCGUCUGCCUCAUCCAGAAAUCAAUCACGGUGACGAAGCGUGUUUCAAGAUGGUACGACCUCAAGAUCGCUCGAAAGCCUACGGUCAAAGAGCCCAUGGGCACGAACCGGACAGACGUUCGACAGGAGGUGGGCCCCACCAAGGGUCACGAAGUGGUUCUGACAUGA